AUGAUCUGCAAGGACUGGAUAGAAGCCCAAGGGUUCCAAGCCCGUCACGGCGCCAAUUACUUCUCGUCCCUCAAAAACAUUCGCGACGCCAACCCAGAAGACUACUUCCUCGCACGAGAUAUCAGUAUUGAAUCAAAAACUGACUUGACGCGAGAGUGGCAGCGAUGGAUCCACCUGUUCAAGUCCAGCGGGGUUCAAUGCCUUGUCGAUCUCAGUCUGUCCUUUCAUAACAACAGUAAGCAUAUCAGUUUGAGUUCGGCGGCAGAUAAUGUGAUUCAGAAGUUGCUGGUCAAGAGUCGGUCGUUGCAGUUGCUUGCGACGAGUGUGGAGCAGCUUCAGGGGAGUGAUCGGCGGUUGACUCUGUUGCUCAAUCAGGACAACAAGCAUGGAUCAGAGGGCAAUAGAAAGCGCCACCGCGAUCGUAUCACUGAAAAGCUCCGCGGACAAGACACUCUAGGGCUGGACAAGAUUUCUACGGAAGGAUUGUCAGACCUGGAGGUCAAAAUCUUUUCAAGCUCGCGCAGCCUGAUUGAACAAGCCGAGCUCAGCACCGAAGACUCCAAGGAUCUCAUGGUCGGGAUGAGCGGGAUCCUGGAUACUCGGACAUGGAUCUGCGAAGAAGCACCCUCGACCCUGGAACCUCAGCUGAGCGCCGAGAACAAGGAGCUCGGCCAACUACUCUCUCAGCUUCGGAAAUGCCUCCAUCUCGGGAUCCAGAUGCUUGUGCUCAAGGGUGAAGUUAUGAUCGGGGAGAUCGCCAAGGCUACGAUUGAGGGCGAGGAUCGACCGAGCAUCACGCCUAUGCUGCGAUGUGUCGUUCAUCUGGCUACGUUGAUUGAGUACGGGAACUUGCCUAGCUCAGAAUCAGAGGUGGUUGCCCUUUGGAAGUUCAUCCUCGAAACCCUGAGCUGUGGAAAACUGAAGUUCACCAGGGCGACACAGGUGGCACAACGACUAUUGUUCCUCAAGUUUGGAGUGACAGGAGAAACAGAAAACGGGCGACGGGUCGAUUUGUUGCUCAAGGAAGGCGACCUCGAGAUCCUGAACACGGAGGCAAAAUCGGCUGAAGAUGGUGGGCUCUGUGAGAUCCAGUACAAGAAGAAUGUGAGGAUCAAUCAUACGAUCCAUCGCGAAGCCAGUCGGAAAGGGAUUGAGUUGCCCACUAUGCUACCACUUGAUAUCCGGGGCAUGUCGGCGAUGAUAUGCGGCCUGAAGAGAAGUCAAGGUGUGCUUGUUGCAGGAGCAGCUGAUUCAAGGAUGAUUCGACUACCAAGCGACAAGGAACAAAUGUCAGAGUUCCUGUCUGGACCAUCACCAAUCCUACUCUGCAACUAUGUGUUAUUGGAUUAUAAAUAG